AUGAAUUGUUUACAAUACAUUAAAAGAUGCUUUAAAAACUUCAGGUAAAAGUUAGAUGGGUAGGAUUCUUCUUAUCAACUCUCUACUCAGAAUAGUCAAGUCCGAAGAAAAAAAACCCUGGUUUUAGAUUUGGAUGAAACCUUGGUGCAUUGCGAAUUCAAAGAAAAUCCAAAUUUUCAUUACGAAACUAUUUUAGAUGUUUGGCAUAGGGGGGUUCUCUAUACUGUUUAUCUCUGCAAAAGGCCUUAUCUUAGAGAAUUUCUCCAAUAAUUGAGUGCUUAUUAUGAAAUUAUAGUAUUUACUGCUGGUUACGAGUCUUAUUGUGAUAAAGUCUUAUAACAUAUAGAUAUUGAUAGGCAUAUUUCUGAUUACUUUGCAAGAUCGAAUUGCAGAUUUGUAAAUGGAAUUUGCUUAAAAGACUUAUCAAUUUUAGACAGACCCUUGGAUUAAUUAAUAUUCAUCGAUAAUAAUGCUAAUGCUUUUGAGAUGCAACCAGAGAAUGGAUUAUUAAUUCCCUCAUUUCUAGAUUCUGAUGAAGACGAAUGUCUAUUGAGAUUGAUUCCCUUUCUGAAACAAAUGGCUCAUAAACCUAAAGUAAUUCCAGUCUCAUCUUUCUUAUCUGAUUAUGAAUCCAUUCAUGGAGCACUCUUUAAUGACAUGCAAGUAACCUUAUAAGGUUAGGCUGAAGGAGAGGAAGGUAGUUUAAGUGAAGAAAGUGUUGUUGUUCUAGAAUAUGUUCCAAAACAUAGAAAGACGCAAACUACUUAAUAAUAAUAAAAAUAAUUUAUUAAGACCCUCGAAUAGAGAAGUUAAACUCUCUUUUCUGGUUGA